GUCCGUACUUGCGGGGAAAUGAUAUUUAAGAGAAACGGGAAGUGUAACUCGGGUGAGAUAUCCGAUGGCUUCGGCUAUAUCAGUUAUCUCUUCAUCCAUUCUUCUUUCUUCUUCAUCGCCCUCUCUUUAUCAUAUUCCUAUUUCAAAUUCACUUUCAUCUAUGUCCACUUGCCUUUCUUCCAAACCAUUUACCCAUACCGUGACUAGAAACCCAAAAACUCUUAUUUGCAAAGCUGCUGCUGAAUACAAAUUCCCUGACCCCAUUCCUGAAUUUGCUGAUGCUGAAACGGAGAAGUUCAGGGAUCAUUUGCUAAAGAAACUUCCCAAGAAGAAGGAUGUCUAUGGUGAUUCUAUUGAAGAAAUUGUUGGAAUCUGUACUGAGAUCCUCAACGAUUUCUUGCAUGCCGAGUACGGUGGUCCAGGAACAUUACUGGUUGUUCCAUUCAUCGAUAUGGCAGAUACCAUAAACGACAGGGAUUUACCAGGAGGACCGCAGGCUGCGCGUGCUGCAGUCAAAUGGGCACAAAGUCACAUUGACAACGAUUGGAAGGAAUGGAAUAGUGGCAAGAAAAAAUAAUCCAACAGCUAAGAUCCGGAAGGAAUUGAAUAGUGGCAAGAAAAGAUAAUCGAACAACCCAGAUCAAUCGCUAAAAGUUUUGAUGCAUGCUAUAUAUUCUGGUAGUGUAGGACUAGAAAUUAGAGGCCCACAUAGAGAAACUUGCUGAAAAUUUCUCAUUCUCAUUAUUCGAAGCGGGUUUAGGUGCUAAUGCUGUUAUCUGUUAGACCACGGAAACUUUGUUAUAUUAUUAUUACGCUCAGUAUUUAUUUCUGAACGUUCCUACUC